GCCUCGCUCCGACUCAGGCGCGCACGGCGCCGGGACCCGCGCCCGCGCCCGCGCCCGAGCCCCGGGGCGCCGCUGCUCCUCCGCCCCCGGCCCCCGCUCUCCCCCGAGCGCGCUGCGCGGAGGCCGCGCCGGGCAGCGGAGCGCGCCGGCUGCCGGGGCUUUUCGGCUGCCGCUCGCCGCUCCGUCUGGCCGGAGGACUGGCGGGGAAGGCAGGGGAAAGCGGGGACACACACCCUCGCCGCGGCGCGCGCGCACUGCACACUCGCCGCCGCGCGCCCCCGCCGAGGCGCGUCCCGGGCGAGUUCGGCCCCGCGGCUCCGGCCCGGCACCUGCCGGCUCCGCGCGCCGCGCCCCGCCCCCGCCGCGCCGACCCCCGGCGCCUCCCGCCCCUCGGCGGCCCCGAGCUCCCGGCGCCGGGCGGGGGGAAGCAACUACAUCCAGAUAACUUGCAGACUGUGGCGCAACUGGUCUCGACAGCAGAGGCGCCCGAAUGCUGCCCGGGUGAGGAACUUGGGAAGGAAAACAGUUUCAACAAUGAAUAGGUCACCCAUCAUGACUGACUACAGAUGACUUGCCAUUUCAUUUACAAAGAUGUCGUCUGCUGCUGAAAAUGGAGAUGCCGCACCUGGAAAACAGAGUGAAGAAAAAACUUAUAAAAAGACUGCAUCAUCUGCUAUCAAAGGUGCUAUUCAACUGGGAAUAGGAUACACAGUGGGGAAUCUCACUUCCAAGCCAGAUAGAGAUGUCCUCAUGCAAGACUUUUAUGUAGUGGAAAGCGUGUUCCUGCCGAGCGAAGGGAGCAAUCUGACCCCAGCACAUCAUUACCCAGACUUCAGAUUUAAGACCUAUGCUCCACUAGCAUUCCGAUAUUUCAGAGAACUUUUUGGUAUCAAGCCUGAUGAUUACUUGUAUUCCAUCUGCAGUGAACCUCUAAUAGAGCUGUCCAACCCCGGAGCCAGUGGAUCCUUGUUUUUUGUGACCAGUGAUGAUGAAUUUAUCAUCAAAACCGUUCAGCAUAAGGAAGCUGAAUUCCUUCAGAAGCUGCUGCCAGGCUAUUACAUGAAUUUAAACCAGAAUCCAAGGACUCUUUUGCCAAAAUUUUAUGGACUGUAUUGCAUGCAGUCAGGGGGCAUUAAUAUCAGGAUUGUGGUAAUGAACAACGUCUUACCGCGCUCCAUGCGAAUGCACUUCACAUAUGACCUGAAAGGCUCCACUUACAAGCGAAGAGCCUCCCGAAAGGAGAGAGAGAAGUCCAACCCCACGUUUAAGGACUUAGAUUUCCUGCAAGACAUGCACGAAGGGUUAUAUUUUGACACAGAAACGUACAACGCGCUCAUGAAGACACUUCAGAGAGACUGCCGGGUGCUGGAAAGCUUCAAAAUCAUGGACUAUAGCCUUUUGCUGGGAAUCCACAUCCUGGACCAUUCCCUCAAAGAGAAAGAAGAGGAGAACUCACAAAAUGUGCCUGAUGCUAAGAGGUCUGGGAUGCAGAAGGUCCUCUACUCCACAGCGAUGGAGUCCAUCCAGGGUCCGGGGAAAUCUGGAGAUGGCAUCAUCACAGAGAACCUGGACACAAUGGGAGGCAUUCCAGCUAAAAGCCAUAAGGGAGAAAAACUACUUUUAUUUAUGGGCAUUAUUGACAUUCUGCAAUCAUAUAGGUUAAUGAAGAAGCUAGAACAUUCCUGGAAAGCUCUUGUCUAUGAUGGGGAUACUGUUUCAGUUCAUCGACCAAGCUUUUAUGCUGACAGAUUUCUAAAGUUUAUGAAUUCCAGAGUUUUCAAGAAAAUUCAAGCCUUGAAGGCCUCACCUUCUAAAAAACGUUGCAACUCCAUCGCCGCCCUGAAGGCCACCUCGCAAGAGGUCGUGUCCUCAAUUAGCCAGGAGUGGAAGGACGAGAAGCGGGACUUGCUGACCGAGGGGCAGAGUUUCAGCAGCCUUGACGAAGAAGCACUGGGAUCCCGACACAGGCCAGACCUGGUGCCUAGCACCCCGUCACUGUUUGAAGCUGCUUCCUUGGCAACCACUAUUUCAUCGUCUUCCUUAUAUGUCGAUGAACAUUGUCCACACGAUAGGACUGCACUGUAUUCAAACAGAGUCUCAUAAACCCAGGAGAGUGCUGGAGCCCAGGUGGAGCGACCCGUUGUCUUACAGACUUAUCGAGAAGACAAGGAAAGAGAAACGCAGAGACCGGUGCAUUCUAUGGCACGCUGCGCUAAGGUCACCCAGUGUGCUAGUAGGGUGAACCUGGAACACAAGUGUCUGGGGCCCAAGCCGCACAUUCUCUCCGCCGUACCACCCUUUCACUAACAGCCUCCUGUCCUUCCGCUCUUGCCCUUGCCGUGUAUGCUAUGCAUGGAAGGUUGAUGCUCCCGGUUUUCCUAACAUGACUUCUGCCUCCAUAACUGAGUGACUUUUUGCUGCUUAAUAACUAAAGUAUUUCUGCUAGACAAAGCAGUGGGCAUAUAUGAAUGCCUGUCUGUGACAUUUGUUCUAGAAGUCAUUGGCUAAGUUUGCUUAUUUAGAACAUCAUGGUGGGGCACCUGGGUGGCUCAGUCGGUUGAGCAUCCAACUCUUGGUUUCAGCUCAGGUCAUGAUCUCAGGGUCGUGGGAUUGAGCCCCGCAUCAGGCUCUGUGCUCUGCAUGGAAUUGGCUUGAGAUUCUCUCUCCCUUCACCCUCUGCCCCUCCCCUCCUUCUCAAAUAAAUAAAUAAAUCUUUUUUUAAAAAAAAGAACAUCAUGGCUAUGGGAACUUUUCUGUCAUAGCAGUAGUCAUACUUCAAACCAACAAUAAUCAUCUGAUAAUAAUACUAACUAUAAUAAUAGCUAGUUCUUGGACCUCAUUAAGGGUCUGUGUGCAGCUCUUUCCAUGUGUCAAAGUAAUUUAAUGCUCCCCGCAACCCUGUAAGGUCGUCCUGUUUCUUAUUUCCAGUUCACAGAUGAUGCAUGCUCACAACAUUGGGUCAUUUUCCCAGGGUCAGAUGGCUGCCAGGUGGAGCAUGGUUUCCACGCACAAUAUGGAUACAGAGCGCGAGGCACCAGCCUCAGCCCCUCACCAGCCACCCUCACCCCUGCUGUCCCGCCUCAGACCACUUGCCCUUGAAACAGUGCUUUCCACGGAAAUUCGGUAACCCCCCACACGAGGUCUACUCUUCCUCGUCCGUUUUGCCUUUUCUUUUUCCAUGUGAUUGUAAGUGCAGAUUUUCGCUCCUCAGGAUGUCAGAGCGCGAGUGUUCAAACACUAAAAAUAUGACAUACUAACUUAAAUCCUCAAGCAACCUGAAAUAGCUCUUUCCUCGAGUUUUUAUUCCCGGCUCUUCAAGUACACCCCACAUCGUUACAUGAUCACAGAGAAGAGACUUUUGUUAGAUACAUGCCUGCUUGAUUUAGAAAAUCCCGUCUCCUCUGUUGACAAGGUAAGGUUAAGAAAGGACAUUUGUUACUUACAAGCUGAGGAGCGAAGGUGGGUUACCAGAACUUUCUAGUAAUUCCAGUUCUCUAACCCUAACCUCAAGGGAGGGACAGCAUAUUGCCUGUGGCAUCUCCUUUGCACAUGGUGGCUGCCUGGUGGUCUUGGGUAUCAUUCCAAGCCCUCCUGUGGAUGCUGGGUAUUGAAUCUGACCUCUGCAGACCCCUUGUGCUUUUAUGGUUCUUAGUCUGGUGAUUCCUACCUUGCAUACAGACCAUCACCCCCACCGUUCGUCACCUCCGGCCAGGCCUUUCUCUUGCACACUCAUUGUUAUAAAUCACCAGUUAGGGCAUUAGCCCCCCACCAGCCCCCUUUAGCUCUCUCACGUUGGGCAAGCUACUUUACCUUUAUGCGCUUCAGUGUCCUCACCUGUGCAAUGCAGAUUAUUAUACUCCUGCCCCAAAUGGUUGUUAUAAAGACUAGGUGAGAUGCUAAUUGGAAAACACUUACAUUGCCUCACCAGUACCGAGUAAAGCACCAUCAAAGUAUAUGUUAAAAUAAAAUAAUCCAGUGACUCCAUACUCAACACCUUGCAGCUUCCCCUAAGUUCCAUCAUAAGGGGCAAGUCUUAAUUGUUCUAGUCAAAAGACCUUCCUGGGGGGCGCCUGGGUGGCUCAGUCGUUAAGCGUCUGCCUUCGGCUCAGGUCAUGAUCCUGGAGUCCCAGGAUCGAGUCCCGCAUUGGGCUCCCUGCUCGGCGGGAGGCCUGCUUCUCCCUCUCCCACUCCCCCUGCUUGUGUUCCUGCUCUCGCUGUCUCUCUCUGUCAAAUAAAUAAAAUCUUAAAAAAAAAAAAAAAAAAAAAGACCUUCCUGGAGUACUUUAAGAGUCAGCCUCCAGUCAAGGAAGUGGAAAACACACUUGGAAUUUCAAACAGAAUUUGGUAAAGAGAAUUGGUUACCCAGUGUAGCUGGACGCGUGAAAAGGCCACGCUCUAGAAACCCAGGUAGAUAACUGCAGGCAGCGACUCAGGGCAUGCGCCCUGGCACCGUACGGAACCCAGACUCAUGCAGGAGGCCCCCCUGGGGACCGGCGGCCACCUGAAGAGUAGGGACAUCGGAGGAGGACAUCACCGACAUUGCUGGGAUAGUGGCCUGGACCACAGCAGCGACCAGAGACGUUACCCGCAGAAGGGAGAAAGAAAAAAUGAGAGAGAAGUGGACCAAAGGCUUCCCUCUUCCCACCCCCUCAUCUCCUGCCAGAGGAGCCUGAGGAACGUAGUGUGCCGACUCCUGGCCGCAGCAUCGCAAGGCAGAGUCGAAGCAAGAUGGAAAUGACAACCACAGGACACGGGGCAAAAAACAAGAAAGCUGCAAGACCACUUCAAAAAAAGGAUUACAGGGCGCCUGGGUGGCUCAGUCGGUUAAGCGACUGCCUUCAGCUCAGGUCAUGAUCCUGGGGUCCCGGGAUCGAGUCCCGCAUCGGGCUCCCUGCUCGGCGGGGACCCUGCUUCUCCCUCUGACCCUCCUCCCUCUCAUGCUCUCUGUCUCUCAUUCUCUCUCUCUCUCAAAUAAAUAAAUAAAAUCUUUAAAAUAAAUAAAUAAAUAAAAUAAAAAAAUAAAAAAAGACUGCAGAUAUAUUGAGAGAUUGUACCUACAUCUAACGAGGUCAAGAUACCUCCUUACUUGUUAUUAAAAGAGUCAAUCUAGGGCGCCUGGGUGGCUCAGUCGGUUAAGCGACUGCCUUCGGCUCAGGUCAUGAUCCUGGAGUCCCGGGAUCGAGUCCCGCAUCGGGCUCCCUGCUCGGCAGGGAGUCUGCUUCUCUCUCUGACCCUCCCCCCUCUCAUGCUCUCUCUCUCAUUUUCUCUCUCAAAUAAAUAAAUAAAAUCUUUAAAAAAAAAAAAAAAGGAUUACAAAGAUCCAAGCUUGACGAAGGUAGAGUGUGCCUGCAGGAAUGGGAAUUGAUUUAGACUCUAGACAGUAAAAGGAGUCACAGAGCCAAUUUACUACCAUGUCAAUAUAAUAAUAGUACGUAAAAUAGCUGUAAUUUGUUUUAAUCAUCUGUGUAAUUGGAGACUCCAGUAUUUACCAGGUCUGUCUGACCGUCGAUCCCCCUUUCUGUGGUACUGCGCUGGAGUGGAUGCUGGUUAUAAAUACUCCUAGAAAUGUCUCCAGUAAUUGCUGGCACAUGGGAUAGAUUAAAUGUUCUUCAGCUCAAGAAUUCCACAACGAGGUUAGUAAGCCCGGGGAAUCUGGGUGAGACCCCCUCUGACAGAGCAGCAGAUACAUUUUGGAGGCAGGCUAUCCGUCACCCAUGCCCUCGCAAAACGUUUUUAUUUUAUUUCCUAUAAUACCCCCCUACACCCCAUCUCAUCAACUGAAUAUAACUCAGUCUGGAGCAAACACACGUGAGGGACUGCGGGUAUGGUGUCACUUUCUUUCUUUCUUAAUGAUGAAGAAAAGGAUUUAGUCAACUUUUCCCCAGUGUCAGGAAACUAGGUCACCAAGCAAAUGAAGAUAUAUGUUUGGGGGAGAAGAAGAACUCUCCUCAGAAUCCUGAAGCAAAACCCUGCCUUGUUACCCAGCCUCCCAAGAGAUGCUCUCGUUUGGAGUAUUAGGACCAUUGAGAUGACAGGUGAAUCGAAGAGUGGGGUAUUAGGACCAUUGAGAUGACAGGCGAAUCGAAGAGUGGGGUCACAUCCCUUCCCAGUGGUGACUGAGGCACCUGUGGAGAAAAUUGGAGCUUGAUAGAAGCUUCAUAAUAUACCUGUUGGAUUAGCUU